AUGAAACGACCGACUAACUGUGAGAAAGAUAGCUUCCAUGACGAUGAUGAUGAUGAUGAUGAUGAUGAUGACGUAUUGUUUUUAAUAGAUUAUUUAUUAUCAUUAGUUGGAAGCUUAUUAUUAGUUAUUUGUGUAAUAGUUGGAGUUGCCUUUUUAACUUUAUUAGAACGAAAAGUAUUAGGUUAUAUUCAAAUUCGAAAAGGUCCAAAUAAAGUAGGAUUUUUAGGGUUAUUACAACCUUUUAGAGAUGCUGUAAAAUUAUUUACUAAAGAACAAACUUAUCCUUUAUUAUCUAAUUAUAUUUUUUAUUACUUUUCUCCUAUUUUUUCUUUAUUUUUAUCUUUAUUAAUUUGGAUAUGUAUACCUUAUUUAAUUAAAUUAUAUUCUUUUAAUUUAGGAGUGUUAUUUUUUUUAUGUGUUACUAGUUUAGGUGUUUAUACUGUUAUAGUAGCUGGGUGGUCUUCUAAUUCUAAUUAUGCAUUAUUAGGGGGGUUACGUGCUGUUGCUCAGACAAUUUCUUAUGAAGUUAGUUUAGCUUUAAUUUUAUUAAGAUUUAUUUUUUUAAUUGGUAGUUAUAAUUUUUUAGAUUUUUAUUUAUAUCAAAAUUAUAUUUGAUUUAUUAUUUUUUGUUUUCCUUUAUCUUUAGUAUGAUUUGCUUCAUGUUUAGCUGAAACUAAUCGUACUCCUUUUGAUUUUGCUGAAGGAGAAUCUGAAUUAGUUUCUGGGUUUAAUGUAGAAUAUAGAAGUGGGGGAUUUGCUUUAAUUUUUUUAGCUGAAUAUUCAAGUAUUUUAUUUAUGAGAAUAUUAUUUAGUGUAAUUUUUUUAGGAAGAGAUAUUUAUAGUUUUUUAUUUUUUUAAAAUUAACUUUUAUUUCUUUAUAUUUAUUUGAGUUCGAGGAACUUUACCUCGAUUUCGAUAUGAUAAAUUAAUAUAUUUAGCUUGAAAAAGAUUUUUACCUUUAUCUUUAAAUUAUUUAUUUUUUUUUAUUGGGUUAAAAAUUUUUAUUUUAUCUUUUUUAUUUUAA